UGAACGAAAAUGGCUCCUGUUUAAGUGUUUGUGUCUUCUUCUUAUGCGUGUAUAUAAGGUCAUUUAAUAAUUUUAAAACAAAAUUUUACUGCAAUGUAUAGUAAAGGCAUAUUUGCCGACUUGCAUUAAUGAAGUAUUAAUCUCAUGAAAUUACUUUAAGGGCUAUGUUUACAAUAAGUCAGCCAAGAAGAUGGGAGCAUUACUCAUUUUAAAGGGCCAUGUAUGUAUGAGCACUUAGGUUUUUAAAGGAGGGCAACAUUAAUUUUAUAAACGCAUAAAAAUGGCAAAGGAAUUGUUUAUUGUAUUUGUAUAUGACACCCAGCGGUGCCAAAGGGAGGAAGAUGAUCCACAGGAAGCUGUACUUUAUUUUCACCCAGGAUGGGUGAAUGAUCAGCAGAGGCUGGCAUUAUGUGGGCAACUCAUGGGUGCAACUCAGUUCUUUCUCACAUCAUUCAGCUGUCCAAAUAUAAUUUCACUUAACAGUGGGAAGUUUGUAAUACGGCAGUUUGGGCGUUACAUUCUGACCACUGGAACAGAUCAAAAUAUUCCAGAUUGGGUUCUUGUGCACCGUGCAGAUACAUUGAAUCACUUGAUACAGUUUUAUCAUAAAGAUCUUGAAACUGUUUCUUCAGUAAUUGGUCCUGGUAUGAAUCAGUUCUCAAAUAAAUUGAAUCAGAUAUUUGAGACAUAUAUUCCUAUUUUACCAUAUGCAGCGAACAUAUUUGGAAACAUUCCCACAGUCAGACUUCCAAAAAGUGCUAGUAACAUUUUUCUGGAGGCAUUGCAGAUUCUCCAGUGCUGUAGAGAGAAGAAUGGUGUGUUAGGAGGUGCAGUACUCUUUCAAAACAAGGUUGUUGCCUCACAAUUAAGCUCUGCACUUACAAAGAGAUUAAUCUGCUCAGAUCCAUGUCGGAUUAAGUUACCUGCAGAAUCUGUGUCCACACCAUUUCAUCUCCCUGUUGGAGUUCAGUUGCUACACGUGUACGUGGAAAGCAAGGAAUUCUAUAAUUUACAACAAAAUUCUGCUUCAGUAAGGUCAGCCUUUGAAAAUGUUGCAAGCAGAAAAUCAGCACAGGAAAAGGUUCCAUCUGGGAAAGUUCCACUUCCAAAGGAACCACUGUCUGCAAUGAAAAGGGAUAUCUCAAGAAUCUUUACAGUACCUGAAGAAAGGGAAGGAGAGGUAGAUCAAGCUGAAGACCUCACUGUUCCAAGUGAAAAUGAGAGUGUAGCAGUUAGUGCUUCACUGAGUGAUAAUGAUAUGGUUGCUCUUGCAAGUAGCAUGUGCUCUACUCCACUGAAGGAUAUAAACCUAAACAAAGUGCUGCAUGGUAAGGCAUUGUCUAUAUGUAGCAAAAACAGCGGUGAUGAAGCAGAGGCUCUAACGGUGACAGCAAAUGAUAAGGCUGAUUUUGUAGUGUCUGGUAAAGUACAGGGUGUUAUGAAUUUAGAAACUCGUCAAACUGAGAAACCAAAAAAGAAAAGGCCGAAACCACCAAACUUUCUAGUGAAUUUCUGUGAAAGCGAAGUUCGUAGUUUAAGUUUAAAUGAUCUCCAGCAACACCCUCGAAUGUCCUCUAAUAGAGUCCCUAUGAAGUACUAUAGUUUCGGUCUCCCGAGAAUUACUCGAGACAUGACAGAUGACAGUGGUGAUUGUUCUCCCAUGAAGAAUUUACCGUCUGGUACACAUUUUUAUAACACUAUUUCAGACCCUUUGCAUCCAUUAUUCCGCUAUGAUGGACUUCCAAUUUCAUGUUCACUAUAUAAUGAAAAUCUUGCACGUCAUUACCAGUUACUCGAUAUGGAGAGGAGUGAUGAACCAAGUCCGGGAGGUAUUACAUCUGGAAUCAGUUUUACUAAUCUUGUGUCUUCAACCAAAACAAAUUGUAAUAACAAAAUAAAAGAGUGUGAUACGGCAAGUAAUACUGCGCUAAAUAUAAAAAAGAAUUGCGAUAAAUCCACAACAGAUCAGACUGAACCGUGUUCAAAUGAAGAUGAACUUGUAACUCAGCAGCAAACAAGACAGGUAAGAAUGACUUCAUCCAAACAAGAAGUAUAUCGGCGUUCUCUUAGUUUGCCAUUGAAGUCCAUGAUUACGAGUGAAUAUGCAGAUGGAGACGUGCGAGAGAGGUCGACUUCUUAUACUGCAGGUGUGCUUGAAUCCCCAGCAGUGAAGACGAGGACUCUUGAACUCCCAAUCACACCACUUAUGUCCAAGUUGAGUUCUUUGGCAAUAGAAGAAAGGACAAGUGGGUUUUGCAGUCGUGACACGUCUCCUGGCGAAUUUCGAGACCUUAGUUUUCCGGGAACCAGCGACACCAGUAGUGUCCCAGAAUUCACAAAAAGGAAGGUUAUCGGUGAGAAGAGGGAGGCUGAAUUAGAACAGGAGGACAGCAAUGAAUGUGCAGAAGCACCUAAAAAUGCUGUGUUGUACCUGUGUGGUCAGCAGAAUAUGUCACUUCUUCUGCUCCUGGAGGAAGGUCUGGGGCAGGAUCCUGAUCUCAUACAUUGUUUGUGGGAGACUAGUGUGAACAGUUUGGCCAGACUUGAAACACAUCUGCGGCAAUGUUUAGACCACUUCCCACAAGGGGAAGGAUUGGAGUCCUACAGCUUCCUAAUUUUGGAUCCGAGCUGGGAUCUGCCCCCAUUUGAUGGUCAGCUGUAUACAUUUAUUUUCUUACAGUGGGAGACUAGUGUGAACAGUUUGGCCAGACUUGAAACACAUCUGCGGCAAUGUUUAGACCACUUCCCACAAGGGGAAGGAUUGGAGUCCUACAGCUUCCUAAUUUUGGAUCCGAGCUGGGAUAUGAUUCAGAGAGGAGGCAUCUGGGCUAGCACUGAUCUUGAGGUGGUUGCUUGUCUUCACAAUGACUUUAUACAGUCGCCAAAUCUCUCUGAAGUAAUUGUUAGGUGUGAAGAUAGCACGGUGUAUGGUUAUCAGUGUGGGAAAAUGGAAGUCUUUUAUCAACAGUCUGCAGGAAGUACUGUGGGUCUCCCUAUGCCAUCCGAUCUCAUGGGUCUUGUUCCACUAAAGGCGAAACGGAGACUGGAGCGUGAUCAUAGUAUAGUUUUAUUGUAAACUGCACAUGAAGGCCUCCGAUGUUACUGAAUUUCGUAGAAACGGUAUUAUUAACUCGGUGAAUGUUGCCAUAUAUUGUUUUAAUUGCGUUUCGUAGACUGUGAAUUGCCCUGCAAUUUCUGUUUCAUAGUUCCUCAUAGCCAGCUGUAUAUGCGGUAUAUAUCUUGACAAAGGUAUUUUUAAUUGUAAUUGUUUGAGGCCAGAAGUAUUAUGUGAGACAUCAUGCAUUCCAUUCAUGUUUUAAGAAUUCUGUUGAACACUUGAGCAACACAUUUUAACUAAUUGUGCUUUCAUUUUAAUAACCAUUCCAUUCAUAGGAUGUGUUUUUAUACCGAAUAAUUGUUUUCUAAUUUAUAUAAUUUUAUUAGUUUUAUACAUAUAAAAACCUUUUCAUUUGGAUAGCUGUUCCAAGUGGCUAAACUAGGUUGAUUUUUCUUACUUAUUGCUUAUAGAGGUGUUGAAUGAGAUGGAAUGCUGAAGCUUAUAAGUGCCAGAAGUAGAAUAAUAUGCAAUACUUUUUUUUUUGCUAUCAGUGGGAAGUGAUAGGCUGCUUAGGAUACCUGUCCAAUGAACUGUGGAACAUAAUAACUAAUAAUAAUGAAAAAUGUUUAAUUUGACACAAAGACUGAUAUAUCCUUAAUAGUUUCCUGCUUUGCUGAUAGGGUAUUGUGAGGUUUUCUGUAUGGGGCAUACUGUUUAAAAGUUACACAGUAUGAACAAUUUACUCCAAUAACAGUUAUUUGGUAAUUUGUACCUGUUCCACUCGUUCAGAAAGUCUUCUUCUUCUGCCUUCCACAGAUUCAUCUCAAGCCUCUUCUGACUUUGUGACCUUAUUUUAAGCAGUCUCUUUUUCUUUAAUUAAUAAUUAAGUGCAAGUUUCAAGAGCCCACUGUAUAUUCCGUUCAGAUGGAUGAACUGUAAUCAAUUAUUCUUGUAUUUGCUGAGUAAACUGUUAGCUCCUUUCAUAUAUUUUAAUUUUUAACUUUCUCUUUCUGGUACAUCUCUUGACAGUUUUUAAAAUGUUAAUUUCUAAUGCCUAAAUUUAAAUAUAUUUUCUUAACCCAAGUUCCACGUCCAUAUGAAGUAUGAACUGUCAUGCCUUUAUAAAAUUUCAACUUUGUUUAUGUCUUUCCCACACAUUACAAAGUACUAUUUUCUUAUUGAAUUUUGUACUCAGUUUCAUGAGAAAUGUCAUUUUUGAUGUAGAUGAAAUAAGAAACUGGUUGCAUAAUUGAUGUUAUAAUAAUUUCUUUGCAGGAAAUAUGAUAUUUUCAUAUAAAAGCCAUAAUAUUUUUUUUGGUUUUCUUAAUGAUGUUUUCAUAUUAAACUGUUUAGUGGCAUUUUGUAGGAUGAAAAGGGACUUCUGUGGGUCUUCCUCCAAUGUUUGACUGACCAUAGGUGAAAGGUAAAGUAUUUGAGGUAUAUUUUUCGCAUUUUUUCCAUUUUCGUCAAAUUUAAUAGGCAAAUCAGAAUGGAUUGCCUCAGUACUAAAUUUACGUCUUUCAGAAUUUACUGUCACCCAGGUCUGUCCUUGCUUCUGCUAUUAUAAGUGAUUUUAAUGCAUUUACAGAGUUCUUGUAAUACCCUUUUUCUUCAAAGGACCACAGAGUUUUAUUUAUCAAAAGGCUAUUCGCAAUUAGUAAAAGUUGUAAUUGUUUCUAGGUUAAACUCUUAUCUCUGUUAUUAUCUUUAACUGUAAAUACAGUGCUAUGAAAACGUUGAGUGGCUUUCAUUGGCAUAAAAGAUUUAAAGGGCCAAGAUGAUGAUGAAGGAACUGGAAUUUUUUUUUGGAUCACAAGGGCAUUGUUUAUUUUGAGUUUGUUGUCCCAUGAACUAGCAUUUUUUAUUUGGAAAUUCCGGCAUUGUUAUGCGAGGCUGUUCGUCUGAGAUCUGAACUUUGGAUCUUGCAUCACGAUAUGCUCGCUGUCUGGGAGUUUUUGACCAAAAACCUAUAUCGAAAUUGGACCAUCCACCAUAUUCAUCAUAUAUGACCGUGUGUGACUUUUGGCUAUUCUCAAAACUGAAGGGCGACAGAUAUUGAGACACUGCUGACAUCCAGGGACGUGAUGGCCAUCUUGAAGAGCAUCGUAGAAAAAGAGUUUUAGAAAUGUUUUGAGCAGUGCAAACACUCUUUAGGUAUCCCAUAAAAAUUAAUUAUGCACUGAUAAAUCUACGGAAUGAACUGGCCAUGGCACAUCUGCAAAGUGAGAGAUAAUCCAUUCUGGAAAGAUUUCAUGUAGAAGAUUCGUACUUGUUCUUGCUUGAUGGGAAGUUGAUCCAUUCUGUUUAGAACCAUAUGUUUUCUUGUGUUCUAUUCGAGGAUUAUUAUUAUUUAGUGUUCUGUCUGAUGACAGGUCCAUUGUUCUGCCCAAAAAGAGUUCGCCAGUUUUCCCUAUUCUCAGCUUCUCGUUUUAACUCCUGAAUUCGAGGAUACAAAUUCUUAAUCAUCCUUCUGUAGCAAUCUUCUGUGACUAUCACUGCUUCACCAUCUUAAUUUUCAAAGAAGAAAUAUCCCAGAUUGUAAAACAACACUGCACGCCAAACAGUGGUCUUUGGAGAAUAAAGUGGUUGCUCGUGGAGUUCAUAUGGAUUUUGAGUUGCUCAUUAAUGAUAAUUUUGCUUGUUUACAUUUCCACUAAUGUGAAAGUGAGUCCCACUGCUCAUGUAUAGAUUAUUGGUAAUAUCUGGCAGUCUACAUUUUCAGGAUAGAAGAUGGAGGUAGAAGGUUCCUGUGCAACUCCAACAUGAUCCUUCAGAACUGCAGAUGAUUUUAUCACCCAUACUUGGUUUUUGAAUGAUGGCUAUUUUAAAUGGUUUAAAAUUAAUCUGAUGGAGAAUUCAUUGCACAGUUGGACGUGACAAAUUGAGCAAGGCUAAUACAGUGCUGAACUAAUUGCUUAGGGCUUAGAAUAAUGGGCAUACAAACUCAUUACAUAUUAUCUGGUGUACUGGCAGUACAUGGAGCUGCAGGCAGUUCUUCACUGAACUUGUAAGGAAUUUUUUAAUCCACGCCAUGAUGGUAUAAUGUGUCUAGUGGUUAAAUUUUGUUGAGUAUCAUCACAAGUUCAAAGAAUACACUUUGUUAAUUUUUGUGGGUGGUUCUCAUUGUUUCAUAGGAAUCCACUGCCUCCAUUUUCAGGGUAGGAAACAGUUAAUGCUUCUGUUGGAAAAUAUUAGCUUUAUGAAAUAAUGAAUAAAUAUGUGUGCAUACAUGCCUGUAUGUGUUUGUAAAAUGUAGCAUCAAAUGUUACAUCCAAAUCUUGGUUUUGUGUCCAAUGACUCCACCAGGGGUUUUCUAAUUAGAACUCAUUACACAUUCUCUGCCAAAAACCUUAAUAAGAAAAGUGCCAAAUUGCAUGCAAGGUGCAAGAUCAGAUUAUCUGCAGAGCAGACUUCAUAUUAAAUUAACAUCUUAAUCAAAUUACAGUGCACAUUCUUAUCGUCAUUGCAAUGCAUUGUGCCGGGGUCAGUAACAGAAGAAAAUAAUUAUUUUAUAAAAAAUUACAGUUUUUUAAAGUUAUCUGUUCUUUGAAACGUGAUGAUAAAUAAAUGGUACUACAAACCUACGAUAUCACAGCAGGAAGCUUUCAGUUGGAAUUAUUCAUCAUAGUAAUGGUUUGCAAGUUGUAAUUCCUUGUUAUUAAAUUGUCAAAAUAACCCAACUGUCAGCAUUAGCACAUAAUGUUUACACCAUACAUUUUUACUUUCUAACAUCAACUUUCUUUCAUUAGAAGUUUGGGUUAUUGUAAAUUCGCUUGACCAGGAAAUGGUGGAAUUUAUAUUUGUGCUAUGUCACAUGUCUAGAAUUGUAUGAGGUGCAACCAGAAGUUCCUGAAUUCCUGAACUUUAUUUUGGAGAGCGUACAGCUCUGUGACACUGCAAAAAUUUUCUAUGAUUUUUUUGCUGGUGACACUCUAAAGAGAUAUCUUAGUGAACAAUUGACCAUGAAGAAAGUGGAUGUGAACAUCAAAUCUAAAACUUCUUGACGA